CGCAUGAGCAACACAUGCUACCAGCAAGAGCGCACAUCACAGAGCACGAAGUUUGACCAACCCUGUCUCUUCUAACGAUAACGACGUGUUGUCACCCCUCAAGAACUCAGGUUGUGUUUUAAGGGGAGGAAGCAGUGAAGUCGCGUGGAGGAGAAGCUGUUAGUCUUGGGUUACAGACCUGGAUUAAUACUUGGCUUAGGACACCAGAGGAAACCAACUCUUCUCCCAGAGGAUCCUUUUCUCCAAAACAGUAAUACCCUACCGAGGACUCAGGGCCUUUGACUGUUAUCAUCAGUGACUGUUCAAACCCAUUCACAGACAGACGGACAUCUUUCACCACGUAUUUAAUCCUAAAAGUACACACUAUAUAGGGAGACCGCAGGGUGAGAGUGUUUACUUGUUAGACCCACACUGGGCUAUAGACAGAGCUCUGCUUUUCAAACCCACUAACUGCCCCUUCCCUGGAGAAAAGGCUUACCGGUACUUAGCAUCUAAUGCUGUGCGUUGCUUUCACAUUCAGCAUCAUUGAUCCACUGAUCCCCCCCCCUCUGAUCUGAUUAGCCUUUUAGCCUCUCAUAUUGUUUACGCAAAUAUAUACACACACACACAGGCGCAUGCUGCUGUCAUGCUGUCAGCUCUUUUACACAUCUACGUCUCGCCUGGCUGUGAUUAGCAUCCACUACAGACAACACCUGGCGGUUUUACACAUCUACGUCUCGCCUGGCUGUGAUUAGCAUCCACUACAGACAACACCUGGGUAUAUCGCAUCUGUACACAAUUAGCUCCCAUUGAGGAACCUGGGUAGUACUACUAGUACAGUACGCUGUUGCCCUGUGCUGUACUGCUGUGUUUAUCCACACUGGCAGGUGCCUGAGUCAUGUCCGGUCUGUCAAGGUGGAUGUCUGUGUGAGAGAGUGGAUACGACAGGGCUCUGAUAAACACAUGUUCUGCAGUCAUCUACUACUGCCUAUGGGUCGGUCACUGUGAGCGGAAGAGGUACUGGUACUGAUCAUACUGUCUGUCUAUCACCCUGUCAGAAGGGAUCAAGAUCAAAUCUCUCUUGAAGACGACACUUCAUCAAAAAAAGACUAACCUGGAUAACAAAGGCUGAAUAGAACAUAUCACUGUCCAUCCGUCCCUCCGUACCCUUGUGGCCCACUACCCCCACCAUCCAUUUUGUGUGCCAUUUCUCGCGCCGGACCCCUUGGAGGAUGAAUGAUGUCCCCACUCUGGACUAUGAGCUGCUGCUGUCCCCUGGGCCCUCCCUCCCUGGGGCCCCCAGCAGUCCUCCUCUGGUGGGGGGUGACGCAGAGCAGAGGACGGCCUUUGCCUUCGUGGGGCUCCUCAUGCUCUUCCUUGUCUUCCUGCUGGUGCGCUGCUUCCGCAUCCUGCUGGACCCCUACAGCCGCAUGCCAUCCUCCUCCUGGACCGAACACAAAGAGGGUGCAGAGAGGGGGCAGUUUGACUACACCCUGGUCUAG